AUGGAGAUAUCAUCAGGGAAGCCAAAGAUAGCAAGACUAUUGGUGUACCGCAGAAACGAGCUUUAUCUGGUCUGGCUAGAAACCUGGGAUAGUGCACUUUCUACUGUGGAGAUGCCAGUGGAAAAGUUGAGCUUUUUCCUCCCCUCCUUAAAGCAAACUACAAAUCUGAACCUUCCUCCUGAAGAUCUCGAUUCAUCUGGUGAUGACGAUGAUACUUUUUCAGGCUCAGGUGCAGGUCCUGUGACAGACCAGUCUCUCACCUGGAAUAUCCCAGCAGAACCAACUAAUUCCUCAUUACUGGCAAUACCAAUGGAUUUCAAUGAACAGCUGUUUCCUGGGAUUGAGAGCCGAACUGAAAAGGAAGCAAUAUCUCCAUCUGCAACUAGUAGUGUAGUGACAGAGGAGCCAGUUGUAGCUGUGAAGAUUGAAAUACCCAACCUGGACUCACCUGCUGAGAAACCAACAAAUGACACGGUUAUAACAACAAUGAGAAGCCUCACUACUCACUUGCCGUUGGUGGUUCAUGUAACUCCUUCAGAAGCCUCAAGCACAGUCCAUGGCCUGGAACCUAAUAUCCCUGGCUCUGAUGUGCUGGAUACUAAAGAUGUGCUUGAGCCCCACUCCCCCAUCUAUCAUGAGGGAGACUUUACUGCUGCCCCCACAACGAUGGCUCCUGAGGAUGCAGUUCUUGUACAUGAGGAGGUUCCGGAGGAUGGCUCUGGAGAUCCGGGAGAUUUCAUCUUGAUUAAAGAUGAGGAUUUGGUCCCCACCCAGAACUCUGAAGUGCCGGCUGACUCUGGAAGGGAUGCCAAAGCAGCAGGAGCAUCAGGAAUAAUGGACAGAAAAGAAGUUCUUGGAGGUGUUAUUGCUGGAGGACUAGUAGGCCUGGUGUUUGCAGUGUUUCUAGUUGCUUUUAUGCUGUACAGAAUGAAGAAAAAAGACGAAGGAAGCUAUUCACUAGAUGAACCUAAACAGUCUAAUGGAGGAUACCAAAAACCACACAAACAAGAAGAAUUCUAUGCAUAAACACUGAUCUUCAGGACACUUCUAAUUCCAUCUUUCUUAGACUCUUCUCACUGCACGUGGACCUCCUUGUGCGCUUUGCAUUAAACUUAAGCCAUAUGAUCAUUGGGUAUUGUCCUUACCACCUUGCCAUUGGAAAUUUUAUAACUACAAAGUAGAUCCGGAUACACUGAACAUUCCCUGCUUUCUUGCACAACUUUUUUGUUUUGUUUUUUUUUGUUUUUAAACAGAAGUGGGACUGCAAGCUCCUCAACUUGCUUUGGUUUAUCUAAAGACUGAUGGGGCAGGCCUUGGGAAGAAGAUAAGGGAGCACUGUGUGUAAACCUCUUGAUAUUUAGGGAAAGGGCUGGCAAAAAUAAACAAUUAACAGUGCUCAAAUUCCAUAUAGCAGGGAUUCUUCCUAUUUAACUCAUAGCUGUGUUUUAAGUGUAACAAAUCUCUGCUCUGGGCAGAAGUUUGGUACACUGCAAUUCUCUAGCUCUUUCUAGCUGCCAUAUUUGGAGCACUUAAUGGCUAUGAAACAUCAAGCCGAACAUGAUUUCCAGUGAAAGGAAGUGUGAGGGGCAGGGUAAGCAAAUGACUGUCAUGUGGUUUAAAAUAACUUAUAUUUUGGAAAGAUUGCAUCACAUUAUCCCAUACUCAAAACUAACUCCUAAACAGCUGAUUCAGUUUUUCUGUUUUGUUUUGUCUUAGUACCUGCAAGACCCCAAAACUAAGUGGAGAAUACAUUUUACUAAUAGCAUUGGACUAUCCUUCUGCCCUCUUGCUCCUUGUAGACUUAAAUUUAAGAAAUGGAUUUUUUUUUCUAAACGGUCCCAUCUCAAACAUUCCCUCCUAGGUGCCAAAUCUAGGCUUGGCUGUUGUGCUGUAAAUCCUCUUAUCCCGUGCUACUGUGUAGUCACCAGGUGACUGAUGGUUUGUUCUAGCACCUACCUCUCUGUGCACUGUUUACAGUGGUUGCCUCAGAACGUGGUCUACCAUCUAAACUACACAAUACCUUGGCACAAAGGGAUAAAGGGUAGAAAACAGCCUAUCAUGACUCUGCAGCUAGGGAGCAGGGAGGCAUAACAUCUGAGACAAGUUUGAUGAAGUCUGAGCAUAGACAGCCUUAAAUAUGUACAGCAGUUGGCAUGCUUGACUCCUGUGUCUCCAGAACACCCCUCUUCCGAAGCUGUUCCUGUACUUCAGAGAGAAGCAGCUCUAGGGAUCUCAGACUAGAAAGGGCUGAGAAGCACCUCCGGAGGAAAGUCUGGCUGCCUGAAGCUGUAUUGUCAGAUGCAAGGCACUGAAGCCUCACUGAGGGUCUAGAGUUCUCCAGAGUAUCUCCAAAUUGGUUAGAAGAGAAGUGUGAUGUUCUGCACAAGCCUUACUUCUGCUCUGCCUUUGGUUAGCUUCUUGCAAGUUCAAUUCCUCAUCACUCUGAGUAGAAGGCUUGGGGGGCUGGAGGGGUGUUUACAACUGAUAUAAAUAUUUGUACCCUUGAGCCAGAGGGAAUGAUUGGAGAAUAUUGCAAGAGCUGGUACAAAUGUUGCACACUAACACUAAAACUUAAAUAUCUGAGUAAUUUAAAUGAAAUAUAAAAUGCUCUCAAGCUGCUACGCAGCUAAAAUUGGUGCCUUCUCUACAAACCCAAGAGAAAAACACUCUUUGAUUCAAAACUUCAUGCUCAAGGAAAACUUGUGCAUACAUGUAGCUGGCUGUUUUUAAGUAAAACUGCAAAGUCCAUUAUGUUUUUUUUUUUAAUACUGAAUGAAUUUUUAUAGGUUAAAUGCAACAACCAGAUGGUGUUAAUUUCAGCUGUAAUUCUUUGCUUUGUAGAGGAAUGUAGAGAUGUUGUUUGAUAGGUUUAUCUAUGAGAAGAAGAUUCUUUUAAAGCACAGGAAGAUAAAGUGGUAAACUUAAGUUGUACCUCACAACCUUGCUGGGGGGAAGAAAAAAACUGUAUAUUUUGGUAGUCUAAACUGACAGUUUGUGAAACAAACAUGACAUUCUGUGUUAUUUAAGUGGUACAAAUGAAAUACGAAUUCUAGCAGAAGAUGCAACACUUGGUUAUUUGUAUGCCCUGUUAAGGUAUACUGCAAUAAAUGGCAUUUUGGCGAGAACGCGUCUGAUUUGUGAGCACUUGCCCUGUAUAAUACUUCCCAAAAUGUGGAAGUGGUUACUAAGACUGCACGAGUCUUCAAGGAGUUUGGAUUCUAAGUAGGAAAUGCGGAGUUUGCUGCUAAACGUAAGGAGGUUGAAAGGUGCGAGUGUGGCCUGCUGCACUCUUUCUCCUGCCCUGUGUGUCAGGAUGGCAGGAGGCUGCUCUAGCCCGAGGCAGUGGUGUGGG